AUGGCCUCGAAUUCGCUACCAAACAGGUCCGGCAACCCUUCCGAUCCGCCGCUCAGUCGCGCCGACGACGUCUCAGAGCUCCUCGAUGCAAUCAAAGAGCUCAUCGUCCCCUUUAUUCGAGCCGCCGACGAGGACGCAGCCGCGCUGCAGACAGGGCAUGGGCUGGUGGUGAAGGGCGGAGGACCGAGGACGGCAUUGGUGGAAUACCAUCCUCCCCACAAACUGGGGCCUCUGCUGGACCUCAAUCUCUCAGACGAGGGGAAGGGCAAGGAAGGGUUGCUGGAGAUAAUCCAGAAGAUACUGCAGUUCUCGGUCAACACGUGGACGCAAGGGUUUAUGGACAAGCUGUACUCGUCUACAGAUGCUGUCGGCCUCGCAUCCGAGCUCCUCCUCGCAGCCCUCAACACAAACGUCCAUGUCUACCAGGUCUCCCCCGCCCUAACCCUCAUCGAAAAACACACGACCCGCGCCCUCGCCUCCCUCUACGGCUUCCACGGCCCCCACGCAGGCGGCAUCAGCCAGCCCGGCGGCUCGGCCUCCAACAGCACCGCCAUCGUCAUCGCGCGGAACACGCUAUAUCCAGAGACCAAGCAUGACGGGCUCGGGGGCCGGAGAUUCGUGCUCUUCACGUCCGCGCACGGCCACUACAGCGUCGAGAAAGCGGCGCAGAUGUUCGGCUUCGGCGCUUCGGCGGUCAAGGCCGUGGCCGUCGACGCGGCCGGGCGCAUGGAUGCCUCGGCGCUUGAAGCCGCGGUCAAGAAAGCGAAGAGGGAUGGCGAGACGCCCUUCUUCGUCAACGCCACGGCCGGCACCACCGUGCUGGGCUCCUUCGACCCGAUCGACGCGCUCGCGGACGUGUGCCGCGACCACAACCUCUGGCUCCACGUCGACGGCUCGUGGGGCGGGCCGGUGGUCUUUAACAAAGAACUGAGAAGGGAGCGACUAAAGGGCGUGCAGCGCGCGGACAGCGUGGCCGUGACGCCGCACAAGAUGCUCGGCGUGCCGAUGACGUGUUCGUUCCUGCUCGGCGCCGACAUCAGGAAGUUCUGGAGGGCGACCACGCUGCCCGCGGGCUAUUUAUUCCACAACGUCGAGGACAGCGAGCAGGAUCUGCCGGGCGUGGAUGGGGACAGCAACGGCGCACAUGGCAGCGGCAGCGUGAAAGAAGUCUUCGACCUCGCCGAUCUGACGCCCCAGUGCGGCCGUCGCGGGGAUGCGCUCAAGUUCUUCCUUAGCUGGACGUUCCAUGGCAGCGACGGGUAUAGCGACAUGCUGGACCGCGCUUUCGCCUCCGCGUCGUACCUGUUCGGCCUCCUUGACUCCCAUGAGGAUUUCGUGCUCGUGUCUAAAGCCCCGCUGCCGUGCUGCCAGGUGUGCUUCUACUACGCGCCGGAUGGGAAGCUGGAUGAAAGGGAUGCGGAGAAUAGUAGACGCACGCAGGAAAUUGCGAGGAGGUUGGUUAGGAGGGGGUUCAUGGUUGAUUAUGCGCCGGGGGAGAGGGGAAAGUUUUUUAGGGUCGUUGUUAAUAGAGAGACGAGGAGGGGGACGCUGGAGGGGCUGGUGAAGGCGAUUGAGGCCGUGGGCGGGGAGGUCGUAGGAAAGGCGUAA